GCAGAGGCGCAGCAAAUAGCGGACCCCAGGGGCACUAAUUAAUGUUCAUAGACAGAGAGAGAUUUAUUAAGGGUUCAUAUUUCUAUUAUUACAGCCUCUAGUCGGAUUUUCCUCGCCUCUUAUUUUUCAGGAAAGACCAUCUAAACACCAUCUUUUUUUCCUCAUCUAGACCAUCUGUUCAUGCGCAACUGAAGCCACUUGUUUGCCGCAGAAGAGCCAUGUAAGAAAUGUGUAUUUUAAGGAUCAACAGCGCCAUGAGAAACUGUUUGUUUUGGACACAGGAGCGCCUGUGAGAGCCGCUUUCUCAGCCCGUUUCGAAGUGGGGGAAAUAAAAGCAGUCCCGGCUCACUUUUCGACAACGGAAAUGAGAUCAGCCGCGGUCCCUGGCUCCACUUCUUCUGAAACAUGGUCGUUUUGACUCUCAUGUAGCCCCGGGAUUUUUUACUCUUUUCUCUCACAUAGAGGGCUGAUAUCGGUUGUUUAUGAAAACAUGUUUGCUGGACUUGUGGGUUUGGGAUGUCACGGUAACUCUCUGCUUCACCACUGCGAAGUAAUGGAAGGUGGCCGAGCAUCAGGGACAGCCGGCAGCUCCAGUCGUAAGAGGCUCCACCGAAGACCAGGGUACAUGAGGGGAGAGCUGUCCAGGUUGCAGAGUGCAACUCCUGGGGAGGAGGAGGAGGAGGAGGAGGAGGAGGAAGGGAAAACCACUGGCAUUAGGAAUGGGGAAUCGGGACGUUCUGGCAGGGAGGAUCAUGUGGACAUCACUGAACCAUUCAGCUCCUUGAAGGAGAGUCUAUCACCUGCUGUCAAAGUGUCCUUAUUGAAGCCGUUGCAGCCUGAUAAGCGAACCUCUCCCAGCUUUCUUUCAUCGCCUCCCCAUCCUCUUCCCCCUGUGAACUGCAGUAUUGGCAAGUCCACAUCCAGACAUCUGGGACAGUCCCCCAAACCACAGGCUGAGCUCAGUUUGAGCCCGAGCUCGCCCCUCCAGCCCUGUCCCGUUGCAUCCAGGUUGACUCCCGGAGGAGACACCUUCAACUCCAGCUUCAGUUUCAUCCAGCAGUCGCUCAACUCCAGCCAGAGAACAGACACCGCCACUGAUGCCACUGCACACAAACCAGAACCACUAGAUCAGCUGUCACAGAAACAUUUAACCUCAUUUAACUCUGUUUCUGGGCCGGAGUUCAUUUCCGCUAAUCACCUGUCAACCAAAGCACCAAGUUCUUCCCAAACAAAACCAGCAGCUUUGUCCACUGAGCAAUCUGUACCAAAACUUACAGCUCCUGUCCAGUCACAGCGCUCCUCCUCUGCCCCAGCCAGCCAAUCAGAAAGAGAGGAGCAAUCUUUAGGUGGGAAGUUUUGGCAGGACUGUCUGUGGGGUGGCAGGGAGGUCACGUCCGACCUGCCUGACUGUGACUCCUGCUCUCUGGACACGGAGAUCACCUCCUCUCUGUCUGUGGACUCGGACACGGCCUCCGCUUCCUCCAUCACCUCUGGCUACGAGAGUGCCACGCCUGUCUCUGACCAGGGCUGGGACAACCUGCUGAAGAAGUACGAGGGCAUCCUGCAAGACUGCCUCCAAAACAACCGCACAAACACCAAGAUUGAAUCCAUGAUGUUGAAGCUGCAGAGACUCCAGCAGAAAGCCAUUUUGGAUGAUGACUAUGACACAGCUGAGCGUUUUGGUAAAAAGCUGGAGGAGCUGUGUAAGGAGCGAGGGGCUCUGAAGCUGGGUUUGCCCUCCAAGCAGCCCAAUGUGGCGUUGUUCCUUGAUCGUCUGAAACAGGCUGUGCACAGCGCCCUCCAGAGGACAGACAGCAGCCAGUGCAGGGAGGGUGCAGAGCCUGAGGCGGGGGAGCGGCCCGACUCAGCGCAGGGUCCCCUGCAUCGAAGAGAUCGUCUAAUCCAAGAGAAACGGCUGGUAGAGGCGCAGAUAGCGGAGCUGCAGCAGAGGCUGGCGGAGCUGAAGGACCGCAGCCGAUGCCUGGAGCAGCAGAUCCAGCGGGAGGAGCAGCAGGUGGAGACGGAGGAGCUGGAGGGCUCCGUGCUGAGAAGCUGCACCGUGGCCCAGCUUCGGGACAUGAGCCGAGCCCUGCAGGACCUGGCCACCUCCGAAAACCGUGCACAGAUCGCCGUGUGCACUCCGCCCUCCGUGCUCAGGCUCCAGGAGCAGGAGCAGGCGUUGAAUCUGUCCAUCAAGGAGGCGACAGCCAAAGUGGUCAUGAGUCAGAGGCUGGGCGGUAGCCUGAGGAGGAAAGUCAGCGAGACCGAAACUCAGCUCUUGGCACUGCAUGAAGCCAAACUGGCAGCCAUCUCAGGUAAUGACUUCGGCAGCGCCAAGGAGCUGAAGGCUGAGAUGAAGGCGGUGUACCAGGAGAGGGACCGGCUGGAGGGUCUGGCCAAGAGGCUGCACAGCCUGAGCUCGGGCAACAGCCAGGAGCUGGCCAGGAUGAAGGAGCAGCAGCAGCAGCUCAGGCUGGAGCUGGAGCGGAGAGAGGCCCAGCACGAAAGCAGACUGAAAGAGAACACUACCAAGUACAUUGAGCUACUGGAGGACAGAUUGCAUAGUUGUGGCUGUCCAGCCUUGGAGCGGGUGUGGGAGGCAGACCUAGAGGCGUGCCACCUCUUCCUGCGAGCCCUCCAGCUCCGAACCCCGAGCUGCAGCGGAGCAGACUUGGAAGACCUCCCCGCUCCGGUGGUGUUUCCCCAGACUCAGUCAAGCACCAAAGAGGAGGAGGACUGUGCCAUGCUGACUGCUCUGGGGGGGCGCUGGUGUCCCGAGGCCAACCUACAGAACUCCGAGUUCACGAAGAAAUUGGAGGAGUUUUUGUUCUGCAUGGAGGAUAAUCACCCAGAGGACGAGUGCAGCGAGGCUGAGGCUGCAGACCUCACAGAGCGAUGUGAGCUGAUCAGCGACAGACUGAUGACCUUGGAAGACGAAUUGCAGACGGCCAUACUCAACCGAGAUCAGGCCCUCACCCAGUCCUUAGAAAAGGAGGUUCGGCAGGUAAAGGCCACGCUCCAAAGCAUGCUGGCACAGCUCAAAGAGGAGGAGAUUGAGGAGGACGCAAGUGUGCUGCAAGAUGGUGACCUCAUGGAAAAUGGGAUUGAGGAGGAGGAGGAAGAGGAGGAGGAAGAGGACCAGUACUUCAGUGACAGCUGGGACAUUUGAUAUGGAUGUCCGUAGCGUUUUAUGACCACUCACACAAAGACAGGCUUUCUCCAGUGACUGACCUCCUGCCACUCCCUGAGAGAUUGACCUCGGCUUUGCAGUAGAAGUGACCCCAUAUCCAUUUUUACUGUAAGCGCACCCUCAGAUCGCUUCUGCCCCCAGCCUUUUGUGCUAUUGUUCAAAGUCUGAAGAAAAAUAGAGAUUGAAGUUUAAAGCAUGGCGCUGAAUGUCCACUGACAAUGCUCCUGAUGCUUGAAAAAACAACGCUUGAAGACCUUGGAUAUCACAGAAUUGGUGCAGACAAAUCUGCCAUUAAUUAGAUUGAUGUCAUGUUGGUCAGUAUUACAAGUAUUACUGUAUCUAUAUUAGCUACGGCCACAAUUGUGGAGCCUUUUUUUUUUUAAUACGUUUUUGUCCCCUGAAAUGUCUGUCCGCCACUAUACUGACUUUUAUGUGAGCAAAGUUUGCCACUAAAGGUAUUUUCACAUUCCUCUAGUGAAGGUGCAGGAGCCUCUACAUGACCUUUAAAAUCUAAAAUUCAGACGUACCCGGGGCCAGCUGACGGGGUGUUGCUUUGCAUAUCAUGAGCAGCAUCUCCACCUAUUUUUUUCCAUGAUUAUGAUUUCAUGAUUAUCAAAUAUGGCACAUUUUUUCAUGAGUGUUGCAGGGCGGGACUUCUGCGUCUUGUAAACACAGCAGCAGGGUGGGUGGGGACUAUUUCAUAAAUAUAGACAUUUUCAUAGAUCUGUGCAUUUUUAAUAAGGGCAAGGUUUGGAGUUACAUUGAAGGCACUAAAGGAUGUUUUUUCAUGGGGAAAAAAAACUCCUAAAUAUGUAAUAUUGAUGAAUGGAGAUUAUUUUUAGGGGCUUAAUAAAUGACUGGAGGGGAACUUUAAAUGAGAACCAACUCAAGCUGACAAAUGCAUGAAGUGAGCACAUGACUUAAUGGCUGAGUCUAGUUGGCCCAAGUCCUUAAUUUUUAAGGUGCCUGCUUGACAUUUUUGCCAGUUUCAUCUAAAUGGUUGUCAUUUAUGCGAUUUCAAUUACUAUAGCUUUAAAAUUAAAACUAGCAAGUGUUU